GUGGUUAACACGGUCAUACCCGGAAGAAUGACCUGUUUGUUUUUGUUGCUGUCAGUGGUAAGUGGAUUUUGUUCGUUUUAGAUUUGUUUGAAAUGUUUUUCCUCUUUUUUAAAGUCUGUUUUUCUUGAAAUAACAUCAACCGUAAACUUGUUGUGAGCAGAGUCUCGGUUCUGGUCGGUUAUAACUCACUUACUGACUUAUAUUUGUGGAUAAAAUCAUCAUUUUGUUUCAUUUUUGUUCGUCAGAGUUUCAGCGGGUCAUUUUAGUGAAAUAAAGGGUCAGUUCGUGUUUUUAAGGCUGAUCAAACUUUCUUUUAAUGGACUUAAAACACUGACUUUUAACCGUAUCUGACAGAUCAAACUUAAAGAUUGAGUAAAAUAAUGAUUUUAAAAAGGUUUUCCAUAAAAAUGAAGUUAAUGUGAAUUAUGUUGGAUAAAUGAUAAGGUAGUUUUUCUUUUAUAUAAACCUUUAAGUAUUGAACUAUUCCCAGUGGAUUUUAGUCUGUGAACCAGAACUUAUCCAACUGUAUUACAAAUUAAAUAAGAAAAAAGGAUUUUACUGUAUGUGAAGGAGUUUGUUGUUUAAUAUCAGAUAUGUCACAGCUGAUGAUAUUUUCUGGUUAAAUUAAUUUUUAUUGGGGAUAAUAAACAUCAGAAGACCUUGUAUUACCCUUAGAAGUACUUUCACAGCGUUAAUGUCACCAAAAACAAACCACUUAUCUUAGGGUACAGUUUGUAACACUAAAUCUCCAAACUAAAAAUUGACUUAAUUUGAUUUAGAACAACUAUUUUCAGAAGAUAAAUAUGAGGAAGACAGAAAUCAGACACUCCGCCAGGACUGUGAAAUGUCUGGCAGCAAUGUUGGGACAAACCUCACCUGAUGAUUUUUUGUGAUUAAGCAAAUAAAUCAUCAAAUUUUCAUCAUUCUUGUGACCUCUGACAGGUUCCUUAAUGCAAGCGGGACGCUGACACUUAUUGGACCAAAAUGGCAUCCUACUUUGAUGAGCACGACUGUGAGCCCACCAACCCUGAGGAGCAGUAUCGUCAGAACGCACUGCUGGAACUGGCCCGGUGAGCCCCUGAACUCUCACUCUGUACUGAUUAAUAUGAAUAAAAAAUGCACCAUGCUCUGACUCACCCUCUUUUUCUUUUCUAAAGGUCUUUAAUGCAGGGCUUGGACCUAAUCGACUCAGGGGCAUUUGACUUAUCGGACUGGGACCAGCGGCUUCCUCCUCCAGCUGCUAAAACAGCCGUCCAGACCCUGACAGUGGUCGUCAUUUCUCCAGAACAAGCAGGUGACCGACUUCUGCUCAUCUGUGACUGAAACUAAAAGAAAACAUGAUGACUUAUCUUUGGGUAAACUCAGAGACAUGUGAGACAUACUCCUGCAGGUUUAUAACUCAGAACUUGUCCUGGUUUGAUGAAACUGUUGAAUCAGUUUUCUUUGAUUCUUCUAACAGACAAAGGUCUGAAGUGUCCUGUGUGUCUGCUGGAGUUCGAAGAACAAGAGACAGUUCGAGAAAUGCCCUGCAAACACCUUUUCCACUCAGGAUGUAUCCUGCCCUGGUUGGGGAAGGUAAAGCUGAUGACUAACAUGUUAUUUAAAAUUCCUCGUUAUAAUUUUAAGUUUGAGCAGCUGCUGAAAGGAUUCUUCUUCUUUUUUUCAUGUUUCAACUUCAGACAAACUCAUGUCCUCUCUGCCGACUUGAACUACCGACUGACAAUCCGGAGUAUGAGGAGUUUAAGAAAGACAAGGUGAGAGAUUAAUCACCCCAAAUGAUCCCCACACAUAUUAAUGAUGAUAAUGAGACAUCAGUUCCUCACUGAGUCGGUUUGUUUCUGUCCUUUAGGAGAGAAGAAAACAGAGGGAGCACCGACUAGAAGAUCUACAUGGAGCCAUGUACACAUGACAGGGCUGUGGUAACUGUUAAAUGAUAAAAAAUGAACUUUUCAGGAAAUUAAAAAAAACUGUUUUUAUCCCAAUUUAUACAAAAUGACAUUUUAAAAAUGAGAGUGAGAAAUAACGUCUAUAUCAGCUGUGUAACUGUGGCUUUAAGUCAGAACUAUCACCAAUGUUUGCCCAUAAAAUCUUCCAAAUAUUACAAAACUAUCAAUAACUCCACCCUGGUGAUAAAAACAGUCACUGAAUGUUGAACUUUAGUUUCUUUUGCAUGGAGAUGCUCUUCUCUCCUUUGUUGGUUGAGUGUUAUAGAUUGUUAAAAUGAUGCACUGAAGUGUUUCAGCUCGGUCCAUUCCUUUCUUUGUUUUUAUAUUUGAACUCUGUGUGAAAAAAAGGUUCAGUGGUACUCGUCAUCUAAAGACAAAUAUAUCAUAACGAAGUAUUCCUGCCUUAUUUUAUUGGAUUGUUUUCUGCUUUAAAAUAAUUUCAAGUUUUGAGCAAAUGAAGGUUUCAGGGGCGCUUGGUUUAUGUAGUCGUUUAAGAAUUCAUUUCAACAAUUUCUAGGUGCUGACUAAUGAAGACAUGACUAGAUCAGAGCAGCAGGGGGCGACAGAGCCUCACUGAGUCUUUGACACGGGUCAGACUUGAAACACCUGAAUUAUUCCCUUUUUUUAAUACAUCUUUUUCCUUCGUUUUGAUCGAGUAGAUUAACUCGUUACAAAACAGUGAGUGUAAAAGUAAACUCAUGUACGUUCACUCAUGAAAGUGUGAAGGACGUAUUCAGGCGUCAGUGGAGAGCAUUUCUUUGCGUCUUUAACUCCGCCUCUCUCUUUAAAUUUGUAUUCUUCGAGCGCUGAGGUGGCGGAUUAAUGUUCAGACUGUUCAGAAAUCUCCUCUGGAGCCACUGAAGAUAUUACACAGAUGUUUCGGACUCGCCCAAUAAGAUUACUCGAGCUGCUUAACCAGAACUGUAAAAUUGGAUUUGCCCUCUGACUCGUCCCCUGAUGUCUGAGAAAGCUUCCUCUCUCUUCCUGCAGACAAAGAGGAACACUUAGUCACAUAACAAGUCUGCUCUGAAAGGGUUUUUAAAUGUCUACAUCACGGCUGCGCCUCAUUAGACUGACCUUGGAGACCUUUUGUUUGCUUCUUGUGCAUAAGUUGUGCACAAUAUUGGACCUGUAGACCUGCUCUGACAGCAUGUGAUUCUGUAUGUUUCUAUCUUCAUAUGAAAGUUGGCUUUUAUUUUUGUUUUCAUCUGCUGAAGUUGUUUCUGUUUCUGCUCGCUGAGGAAGAGACCGUGUUUUUACAAAAACAACCACCCAAAGACGCCGUUCGCCGCAGUUUCAGGCUGUUUUUCCUGUUUACCUCUCUGAAAAGUACUGUAAACUCUGAUGUCAUUUCCUCUGUGUUUGAAUAAGAAGCCACGCAAAACAUCUGCUAAUAAUUUAUCAUUUUUAUUUCAUAUUUGAAUAUAAAUCUCUUUCAAAUGAAAAUACCUAAAUGAUAGACAAAUCAUACAUAUUUACAGAAUUUAUAAAAGGAAACAAAAAUCUUCUGUGUCGACUUGUUUUUGGGAAUUUCUCCGACUCUUUCAUGACUGUUCUCUUAAACCAGGAAAUGAGACAAAUACAUUUGGAUAGAUGAGUGUUUCUGUGUUGUUGUCGUUGCUGAAGUUCAAGACAUGUUUGGGUCAGGCAGCUUUUUUUUUUUACCACCAACAGAGAAAUUAUGUGACAGCUUGAACAAAAAGAAAACAGCGUUAAGUUUGGCCUGUGAAUAAAUUAAACCCUGAUGUGAGGGCUCAUACAAGCUGCCGGUUGAAGCCACUCCUUGUGACUUUAGUUACAGUUUGGUGAAAUAGGCUACAGCUGAACACAAAAAGAAUACAAAAAAAGAAUCAGUUCCCCCGGUACAGUCCGAGGGGUAAGGCUAAAACAGUGCACUCAUACACCUGCUGCUGACAGACACACAGAAAACCGACUCAACUUCCAGUCUUUUUUGGCAAGAUCAGGAUUGCUGCAGUCCCAAGAAAGAAAGGUAAGUUUACAAAAAUCACGAGAAGUAACAAAAAAAAUGACCUGACGCAUGAUUGAGCAUCUUAAAUGACGAGCAAAUCCCCCGUCCUGUCUAACAGAUCUCUGUGAACAUGUGAAAUACUCUCCUCUUCGAACUGCUGUGAGGUGGAAAACAUGGUGGAACUCUAGCUGCUGCCUCAAACAUCCAACCCACGAAAGAGAAAAGAGGUAGGUGAUGUGACCUUUUUAAAAACACGUAUUGCUGGCAUCCAGUGGUUAGACUGUUAGAAAUGGAUCAACACCCGUGCAGAUGUCUGAAUACUCUGUGUGUGUGUGUGUGAGGAAAACUACUCCUUCAACAGCUCAGAAAGAAAAACGAAAAAGUGUUUUACGUCUCAUGAGAGGGUUGGCAUUAGUCAGCUUCAGUGUAAGCAGUGGUCGUUUGUGGCAGUAGAUCUCACUUUUAAGAAAUUGGCAACAGGAAAUAAAACAAAACCCCGAUAAUAAGACGAACUCUCGGUAGUUUCUGGUUGUAACAACACUUCAGUGAUGCCAUGAGGUUUAUGGCACAGGUCUUCAGGCGUCAUAUUCACCUCUCAGGUAACAUCUGAAGACUAAAUAUCCUUUAUAAGAACUAAAAAAGGCUUCACGUCUCCUAAAAACAAAUUAAACUCAAAUAAGGCUUCCGAGGGUCCAGCCUGGAAUCAAAUCAGUUAGUCGAUGAGACUCGUUUUGUUGGUCAGAUCUGAAUUUGACUUUGAGUUUUAGGUCACUUUAAAUACGUUACGAAUAAACAAAAAAAAAGCCCUGUCUCGACUCGAACUCACUGAAAAAGGCAUUAGUAGUCGCUCCUGUGGAGCAUAAACUUUUAGGUGAUUGAUGGCGAUUAUUGCACCGAACAUGGAUAAAAAAAAAAACACGAUGAAGAAUGACGGUUUUUAGAAAGUGACAAUCAAAAUGAGUUAACGUUUUGGUCGGUGAUGAAAUGACUUCACAGACUCUCAGCUCAAAGUGAUUGUGAUGCACACACAGUCCCGGUUUUAACUCCAGAACGGAUCAAUAAGUUUUUCACGCCGCCUCUCACAUGCCAGUGAAAAUGGAUUAUGACCUUUUUUAUGAGAGUGGCUCAUGAUAUACAGGUACAUAUUCUUUAAAAAACACCUUCAGUGCGACCAAAUUAACCAGCGAGCUGAAAUCAGUGAUUAUUUUUCUUCUUGGAUAAUUUGUUUGAUUGGAUAAAAAGGCCAUGUGCUUAAAGCCUGGAAAAAACAUACAUAACUGCUGACUAUUCACUUCUCAAACAUUCAAUAUUUUCUACUCACUACGCAAACUCAAACAGUAAUUGUUAUUCUCUCAUUCAGAAAAAGUGUGCCGUGCAGAGAUAAGCGAAAAGGCCAGAACAGGUGGGUUACGAAGCGUCGGGGGAGAUCAUGAGGGAGUGUCUGAGGAGGAGGAGGAGGAGAAACUCUGUGAGCAUACCGGUGAUGCACGUUGAUAAAAAAAUCUACUCUAGUGAAGAAAACUGCCCGAUAAACAGCCGUCUGUAAAAACAUUCAUGGUUCCAGGACUCGGAGUGGCUCCACACAUUCAGCGCUCCUGCGGAGAAGGUGACUUUGACUGGAGGGGCUCGCACCGACGUUUGGAGUGAAACUAAAAGAUUGAGUGUCGUAGAUUUGAGAGAACCUGGUGUUGGUUUGAUGCUUGAAGAUAUCACAACUUCCUUCUUCAUCCCAGUCGCCUCUGAAGCCCCUCAGCAGGGACGUGUGGGGCUGCAGAGCUACAACAUGGCUAUGCUCUCGGGGGUACAGUUGAGAUGUGUGGAUGUGCUGCUCCCCCCGGGUGACUUGAGGCCCUUCGUGGCCCCGCCCAUCGCCGAGCCCCGCGCCCUGGGCCCGAUGAUGACCCCUGAGCCGUGGUGGUGGCUCUGAUGCAGGCCCGCCAUCAAGGUCUCGCUGGUGACGGUGCCGAACUCGUAGGUGAAGGUGCCGUAGAAGACCAGGAUGUCCACGGUGAAGACCCACUCGCAGAUGGCGGCGGCGUGCUGCAGGACGAAGCUCUCAUGGAUGAAGAAGAUGCCGCCUGGGAGGAGGAGGAGUUAAGGAGGACAAUACAACUGAAAGAAAGAGCCUGAAUGAAAUCUCUUACAUAAUGAGACACAUGACAGGCGGCUUAACCUCGGGGGGCCAGAUGUGAAUUCAUAACAUGAUCGGGGAUAAAUUGCAAUUUGUUCCUCGGCUCCAUUAAAAAGAUGAGUUUAAAAAUAGGAUACAGUCAAUGAGUGUGGUAUAUUCACAGGGGGAUCGACUGUUCUUCUUUAUCAGAUCAUUAAAAUGGAGAAGAUGGUUUUAAUCUCUCUCAGCCGACAGACGAUGAGACGGGUAUAAAAAGAGACGAUAAAACGAGUCAAGGAGAAAAAUAUCAACCCCUCUGCUGCCUCCUGACAGGAGAACUUUCAGGGGUCGUUGAUUGUGAAACAGCCAGUUUGAUGCUUCUGAGAAAAAAAUCACAUGCUGAGAUAAAAACUCGCUGCCUGACUGGUUUCUAACCCGACUUUCUGAGGAGGUAAGUAGGAGAGAGGGUCCGGCACAGAGAGCAGGAGGAGGGGAACAGGAAGUGAGCGCAGACACAGACAGAUGUUAUCAGGGACCUGCCGUCCAGUCUUACAUCUG